AUGGCGCACUCGGACAGCCGUCAACCACAACACACCACAUACGCCCAGGCAGCUGCAUCCUCCCUAGGGGAAAACGCCAGGAUAGGUCCUCACCCAGGCCACAUAAAGAGUUCGACCCAAUACACUGCGGCGACGGCGACGACGACGGCGGCGGCGGCAGCGACGACGUCGAGCCACAGCAAUGGCAGCUACAACGGAAACAGUGGAGAUCACGCACCGGCAGCAGCAUCGGAGGCGACGCCAGACGUCCACCGAAUCCAGGCCGUGCAGUUAAUCGACAGCGUGAGACAGCAGCUCCGCCUACCGGUACGGACCUUCGACACCGCAUGCGUCUACUACCACCACUUCCGUCUGCGGCAGGCAGACUGCGGCGGCGCCGGGGCGAGCUACCAGGAUUCCGCCCUGGCCUCCCUCUUCGUCGCCUGCAAGGUCGAGGACACCAUCAAGAAGUCCAAGGAGAUUCUGGCGGCCGCGUAUACCGUUCGGAACGAGGGGAAGCAUGUCACGCCUGACGACAAGAUGUUUGAAGCACCCGGGAAGAUCAUCAUUGGCCUAGAACGGCUGAUCCUCGAGACGAUUGGCUUCGACUUCCGGACGCGAUACCCCCAAAAGAUGCUGGUCAAGGUCCUGCGAGAGAUCAUCCCCCGGGACCAGACUGCCUCUGCCUCUGCCUCUGUCCCUCCCGACCAGACGCCGGAAAUCUUCUCGACGGCCUACGCCAUGACGAUAGACAUGUACAAGACGCUCGUGCCCAUCAAGCGCACAACAUUCUCCAUGGUCAUGGCCGUCACCGAGCUCACCCUCCGACUUCUCAAACUCUUUCCUCCUCCUCCUCCUCCUUCCUCGGCCUCGAACGCCGACCCUCCCUCAGAACCCGACUCCGACCCGCUCACAUCCUUCACCCGCCGCAAACGCCAAUUCUACAGCCGUCCAGCCGUCCUGUCCACCAUGCUCGACCUGCUAGACCUGUACAUCCAGCACCUAAAGUCCACCAAGCUCGGCCCGCGCCUCGACCUCUCCCUCCUGAUGCACGUCAAGAUCCAGCUCAACGGCGAGUCCCACCACCUACCUCAACCCCCUGCCCCGCUCCCGUGCACCAAGUGCGCCGAGCAGCAGCACCAUCGCUCCCCCACGCCGACUCAGGACCCGGCCAUGCGCUUCGUCUUCGACCCUGAGGCCGCCGCCCGCGAGAGGGACAUGGUGGCGGCCUACUUCUCCCAGGAAUUCGAGGACGUAGAGGUCGAGGUGGACGAGGAUAUACCCCCGCCUCCUAUCCCCCCCAUCUCUAACCGCGGCGGAGGUGCGCCCAGACCGAGCUGGCGGUGGUGGCGGCAGAGGCAGAGGCCGGAGGUGGCGUGA